CUUUGAGACCAUGGCCACCGCAAAGAUCGCGUCACUUGUCAUCCGAACGCUAGCAAAACCUAUCAGCAACCAAAUAAAGGCUCAGGCUAAGCAACAUGAACGGUUCCGUAACCUGUGCGUCGGCCUCGCGCAGCGGAUGUACCAGACCGAAGUGAGGCUCCGCACCAAUCUCCUCGGAGAACCUGCAAAACAUGUUCGCCCGCUCUCAGAAACGAAGGCGAUUGAGAGCGGGGCUAACACGCUCGCAGAAGGCUUUUUAUUUGCGGUCGCGGCCGGUCUCAUCUUAGGGGAACAGUAUCGAUCUACACGCAACCAGUCCAAACGACGAGACGCGGUCGAUGACCAGCUCGACGAACUCAAGUCCAGCGUGGAGAGCCUGAGCUCGCGGUUGGACGCGCUUGCUCGACAGCAGGAGGAGAGGAUGGAGGAAGAGUCGGUGCGGCAUGACGAGUUGGCGCGAAUAUUGCAGAGAGUGGUGGAGAUUGGGCUGAGAGGAAGGUGGGCCGAGUUCGAGGGUACGCCGUUGCCUUUGCCCCUCAUCGACCUCACGAAGAGCCGUGCGACAUCGCCGCCCACUCUGUCAGAAUCUGCAAACGGUCCUCAAGAUACCCCGUCUCCGAGCACUUCGUCAUCACAGUAGUCUUUCUCACGCACGGCCUAAAUGCCAUUACAUAGACUUUGAAUAUAAUCUUAAUCCAUCUGCU